AAAAGAAAAUGGAGUCCAAGCACUUGGCAACAUGACGCUGAGGAAUUUCGUUUCAAGUGUUUGUCGUCUGCCCUAAUGUGAAUUGAUUGACCAUGUCAACAAUAGAACCAUCAUCUCGUGUCGGAGUGACUCUCGACCUCAUUCUUAAAACCCUGAUUGCAUCAUCAGACUUCAAUGACCUCCAAACAAAAAACUGGGAAGCAAUUGCCCGUCUUAUUCCCGGAACUACAGCAACACAGUGUUCUAGAAGGUACCAGGAGCUGCUGAGUAGUGGGACUGGUCUGUCCUACGCCAACUUUGGGAAGACCUUCCCACUACAGACGUCCAGUAGCAGCAGCCAAGUGAACCCGACUGAGUCAGACAGUACUAGCAAGACAACUAGCUCUAUAUCCAGCAGACCUGGCUCCGACAGGCAGAAAGGAGUGAAAGAAGAACGAGGAAACACAGAGGUCAAAGGUGAACCUCAGAACUCUGAACAUGGAGAACAUGGACCCAUCAUGGUGAUACAUGUCUGUGAUGAAGCCAAGAGUUUGAAGAAGGACUUCAACUGUCCCCGAGACCUGUUAGUGAAGGAGAUGAAGUACUUCGCGGAGUACCUGUCGACCGACGCCCAGCGCUGGGAGGAGGUGGACAUAUCCGUCCACUGUGAUGUGCAGAUCUUUGAUUGGCUCAUGAAAUAUGUCAAGAGGUCAACAAAAGACGUCCCGGACAAGCCAAGACUUGAACCAAACAAUGUGGUUUCCAUUCUCAUCUCAUCCGACUUUCUGAAAAUGGACAAUCUGGUUCAAGAAUGUAUCGAGUACUGCCACAAGCAAAUGACCUCCAUCGUCGCCACCAACUGUAAUAUGAACUGCAUCAACGACAAGCUCGUCACAAGAAUUGCCGACCUGUUCACACAUUCUGAAGCAGAUGAGAUCAAGGACAGGAAAGACAAGUUUAAGAGCAAGCUGUUCAGCAAGAAGUUGGAGAAGCUGUUUGAUGUGGAGAAUACAUCCCCCGACUCUCUCGAGAGUGCUGUCUCCCUCUUCAAGUGUUCUAUUUGUAAACGACACCUCACAGCUAAACUGGAGAAGAAGGUCAAGUGUGUAGCCAGCAGAAUGACUGUCAACAAGCGUGGAGGACUGACCUACUGUCACGUGAGAGACACCACCUUCGAUCUGAAUGACUACCUGCUGGAUCUCAAGUCCCAGAUGAAGUACUGGCGGGAUGUGUACUGGCGAGUGUGGGGGACAAUUAACUCCCUGGCGUGCAGUCGCUGUGGCGAGACAUUCCCGCUUACAGAGUUUGGACACUGUAAAUACCACCCAGAAGCCCCCCGCUAUGACAACGAGGGAACAGCAGUUGGCCCGGCAGCAACAUCGUGUGUCGGGUUAUACCCCUGCUGUCAUCAGAAAACCAUGAGGUUCGAUCCCGUCCAACUCAAUAAGGGUUGCCGUGUAAAGGACCACAUCAUCAACCUGACCGAGGCAACCCCUGGUGGCGGUGACCUUGACACUGGCUCCAAGUCUCCGCUACACAAGGUGUAUGAUGACCUGCUGGCACACCGAGACGUGAUCUGCGUUCCCUAUCAGAGGUUGCCAGACACCAGUGAAGCCGAACUCAACAUAUUUGGCAAUGAGGUGUUUGCCAGUAGGUCAAGGUCAUCAGGAGUGCAUAUAUCCAAGUUGUCCUCCUCAGGAGAAGAGGACAAGAAAAUAGAGCAUCACCACCCCAAGCCCCAGCCACGCCUACAAGCUCUCACCGUGGAGAGAGAAGUGUCCUUUGAGAUUGACGAGUUUGCUUUCGGUGAAAGUGAUGACGAGAUCGGGGAUGAAGAGUCCCUCAAAGGCUCAGUCAAGAAACCAAGGGCCACCAGGAAAUCACGAGUCACCAUCGACCCCGAGGCCAUUCUACUGGACGCUCCAGGAUUUGAACAGACGAAGAAGUCAACAUGGGACACGCAGAGAUCGAUGAGAUACAACCAGGAUGCACAGAGACAGGAAGACCAGAGACGUAUGAAGGACAUCCGCCUCUAUCUGACCAAACUGAGACUGAAAGCCGACAGGAUUGACAAGCCAAAAAGGGAGUUCUCUGGUGGAAUAUUCAGCAAGUUGGAGGCCCAGUGGAAGAUGGCCAACACCACCCAGCCCACUAAACAGCAGGGACAGACCCAGGCCAGGCAUCGCAUGGGGUCGGGUCAGACGUACAACCAGCGCAGACAACAAUCAUUUACAAACAAAGCCUAGCUCGUUAGGGUACAGAAACAGGCCCAAACCCAGACUGGGACAAGUCAGAUCCUCCUUCUCCUGAUCUCUACCGGCACACACUACAUACUGGAGACAUUACAGUAGCUUAUAAACAUUUUUAAUACUUCAUGGCUUCGUACACUCUGAACUCGGUUCACAAAUGGCCGUUUCUUGCUGGACAAUAUGUGCAGCAUCUUCCCGAGGCAAGGGAGUUAACUGACCUUAAAAUCCAGUUUCCACCCUUGCAGGAUUCACAAGGCUGGAUUAAUGGAGUUAUAUUUUGGCUGGACUAAAGUUAUAUUUUGGCUG